AUGGACUCAGCCAGAAUCCCAAAGACACCUUCUCGCAGACCAGGCGAAAGAAUCUUCAAGACGACAAAGACCUGUUCCAUCCCCUCUCUCACUCAUCUUCGUAAGGAGUUGGGCUACGGUGCCAGAGGUGAAGAACGGGGCAUUGCCUUUAAAAGGGCCAUUCGCACACAGAUCGAAACAUUUGUUUCGAGUAGUGACAGCACCCCAGCGUACAAGUUUACCAAGUGGAAGAAUACUGCACAUCAGCGAGGCCUCUUGGAGGUGACCAAAGACUUUCUUGAAGUCCAGGGGAAAGGGUCUGAGUUCUGGCCGCAGAGGGACGUCUCCGACACCACCCAACAGUUACAAUACUACAAAGAUUCUACCAAGAUCCGUAGUCUUAUGACCAAGGUCUUUUGGCGGGCAGCUCGCGAGUACAAGCGACACAAAACCGAAUUCACGACACUUCCACUCCUGUCACAUUCUACCGACACGUCUUGCCCGUCAGAAGACAACACUGGCGACACCAAGCACCCCUUUCUCGACAGCACGACUUAUCUCUGGGGUAACAGUGCCGAGGACCCUAUCGACCUUGAAACUAUGCAGUCAACCACAAGCGUUGCCGGUCCAUCUAGAGACAACGAUCCUUUCUUGGGCAUAUCGAUACAGUUUGGCACAUUUGUACCAGCUGAGGAUUCGCCCGACGAGCCCCCCAGUUCCGAACCGUUCUCCUCGUCACUUUUCACCCCUGACGUGCUGGGCUGCCAGCCGACUGAUGCUGUAGAUGAUCACCAAGCUGCGCCAGAAGCCAGGAUGCAUGGCAACGACCCGUGGGAGGUACCUAACAGCCCUCCUGUAGCUGUAAACGGACAACAGACAAAUAAACGACCGGCCGAAGCGAGUUCAAACAUCAACAACCGUCAAGCCAAGUGCCCGAGGAACAAAACAACAUCUCCUGGGCAACCUGCUCACCCAUCCAGUAAAGGAAAGAGAGUCAACAAAAACGCCGAUAACGCUUCCACAACCCGGCGGUCCUCUGAUCGACGGAGAAAACAGAGAGUCAACACAGAUGGUGCCACAGCGGAGGAAAUGAUGGCUAUUGACAGGAGCUCAUUCCUUGAUACCUCCGACUCCGAUAGCGAGACCGAACAACGCCAAAAGAGUAAAGGCAAGGCUAAUGACCAAGUUCUGCAGGUGUCAGCGCCUCAUUGCAGAGACCCUACCGCUCCCAGGGGACCAACUGGUGAGCAAGGCUCUUCGCAAACUGCAAGGGAAGCAGCAGCCCGACAAGCUGCGGAGGAAGUUGCAGCCAUGGCAACAGCUGUAGGUGUUGAUGGACAAUCUCGUGUCGCGACUGGCCUCUCUGCCAACGCGCAGGGGAAACAGCCUGCUUUACCGACAAGACAGGCUGCCGUGGCUGAGGCUGGUCCAAGCAGGGAGCGAGAAGUGAUUGAAGAGUCUGCUCCAAGGACGGAGACGAGUGCGCCUAUGGUAGAGAUGAGUGCUCCUCAGUUAGUUCACCCGAGUAUUACGAAUGGCUCUGGAGGAAGUGGUGAGCAAGAGCAAGAGCAAGAGCAAGAGCAAGAACAACAGCAACAGCAGCAAGACUUUGGUAUCGUCAUUGGCAAUCAAGAGAAGCGAGCUCUUGACAGUUGCGAGUUGAUCCAUACGACCAACAUGGAAGAUGGCGUGACGUGGGUGACUCAAAGAUUUCCCACCUCAUUCUUCCAAAUGUCUCUCGCAGACAUGUUUCGAGAAGCAGGACUGGACGACUCUGCCACACUCCAUCUCAGAUUCGAGAGCGACGAGGGUGAUUGGGCAGUGUUACUCGAAAGGAAUCAUAUGGACGAAAAGAAGUUUUUCCUUUCGAAAAAACAGUGGUUGCGCCAUAUCACCAAGCAGCAUCGCCGUGCUGCUUCAGCUUCAAUUUCGAUGGCACAGAGGCAAACACCCACGUACUGCCUCUAUUUUUCCAACAACACUUUUAGAACCUAA